AUGAACUUUGACCGCUUGCGCCUGGUGUCAGAGCUGGUUGACGUGGGCUCCCUAGAGGCCAUGCUGGCAGCGCGCAUUCCUGACCGCCACGGCGCCAUUGUCGAGCUGCUGGCCAUGUGCACGGGCCCCGAGGGGGACCCACUGGACGUCACAGAGCUCAAGUACAGGUUUUCGGGAAACGAGGGCCGGCGCGGCACCGCGCGGCUGCUGCUAGGCCUGGGCUUGGUGCCGGGCGGCAGGCAGUGCGCAGACCUGCUCGCUCAGAUCAACCGCCGCGAGGGAUUCUACGCAACAGACAUCUCAGGGAUGGACCUGGCGCAGGUGCACCUGCGCCACAUGAUCGGCGGUCCUGCAGUGCUGGACGGUGGGGGUGAGGUGCAGGAUGAGGUCAUCUUCCAGGUGGACUACCCCGAGCUGUGCGGCAUGCUCCACAAGCUGCUGACACCCAUCAGCCCGCGCUGGGACAUCACGCUCCUGCACUUCCGCAAGACAGGGCAGCGCUCCGCCACCGCGCUGCUGGGCCUGCGCGUACCGCAGGGCGAGAUGGGCGCGUUGCAGGAGGCGGUGGCGGCGCUGAACGACGAGUUCCAGUUCAGGGAGCUGAGCGGGCGGGACCUGGAGAUAUUCAAACUGUUCGUGUAA